GUCAAUAGUAAACACGAGACAUGUGUUGAUGUGUUGAACACUUGGGUCCGACCGCCGCAGCAAUGAGUCAACGAUUGGCCACAAAAUUGUCUCGUUUUGCGUCCAAAUGUGUCCACAGCGUGAAGACCAGCCUAAGAGACAAUCGGAAGCAGUGGCAGGAGAUGUGGUACGACUUGAGACGACUUCCCAAACGCCAACUCCAGACCGUCUAUCAGGUGAUCCUAUUCACGGGAACGGUAUUCCCAGCCGCCGGCUAUGCGGCCGUCAAUACAUACUAUUUGGACAAAUACAAGGACUGGCUGUCCAUUAAGGUUGAUGGCCGGUGUCUGCCAUUAGAUGACAGCGUCGAGGAGUUGGCUCUUCGGGAGUGGAAUGUCUCGCAUAUCUCCAGAAAAUACAAACUCAUGGAUCUCAUGGAGUUCUUCCUCUGCUCCGGCACUCAAGUA